AAUUCUACGAUUGAUCGAUUUAUUCACGAUAUUAAUACGAAUUUUGAUCUUACAUGUUGAUAACGUCAAAUUCAGAACUAUUCGCAAAAAAUGUGUAGUUACUAAUAGUGCAAUUUAAAUAUAAUAUAUAAUAAUAUAAAUAUAAGAAUGGGAUACUCUAUCGUUAGAGACUUUUCAUGUAGCGCUUGUUACACGUUAUGACGCGAAUGAAUAUGCUCCUUUAAUGUUACGUGUGAAAUUUUAGCAGAAAUUAUCUUUAUAUUUUAUAAUAGAUGUUUUAAAUGUCAAAUCUAAUUAUGCAACGGUGAAUAGAUACAUUUACAUGAUAUGUGAUAAUUUAUAAAUUAAUAUACAUAUAUCGUUUUAUUCUAAUUGAGUUAUACAAAUAUAUUAAUGUGUUUAAAAAAUGGCAGAAAUAAAUUGGAUUGCCAAAUCUAUGAAUUAUCAAACAAUACAAUUUGCAUCUUUGGAAGAAGUAACAGAGCAUCCCUUAAAACCUGUUAUGAUUAUGUUAGUUGAUGGACGCAGUGGGAUGAAACGUAAUGUGUUACGAAGCACGAGCACUGGUUCUUCAACUGCCACCUCAACACCAACUCACACAUCUGUUCCAGGUAGUUCUUUAACAGAUCCAUUAUUAAGUCACUGUUCUUUUGAUGGUUCAGAUCCCCUCUCGCAAUUUGCUAAGGAAGAAUUAGAUCCAUUGUCUAAAAUGGCUGCAGAUGAGUGGGAUUACUCUUGCAAUACAGUAGUUACUGGUAAAAAAUCUAUGGAUACUGCAGAAGAAUUAGUAGAACCAUGGUUAGCAAGGCGUACUACGAUAUUAAAUAAAUACACAACAUCGGAAAAGUUGUCGAUAGUUACUAGUUUCUUACCAGGCGGUGAAAAAGUUAUUGUUAAAGUUCAACCAAGUGGUGGAGUUGUGGAUAAAGUACGAACAAGAUUGGAACAGUUGGAUGAUUUUGAAGAAGGAUCGAUUAGACAAAUGUUAGAUUUAUCCCAACAACAAUAUACCGCAAGAGUUGAGCAAUUAAAUAAUGAACUUGUACAAGCCUGGCAUUCUGAUCAAAGAGUUAAAGCACUUAAAAUUGCAAUUCAGUGUGCCAAAUUAUUAGUAGAUACAUCUGUUAUGGCUUUUUAUCCUGGCAAGUUUGUUCUUAUCACAGAUAUUUUAGACAUUUUUGGAAAAUUGGUUUAUGAAAGGCUAAAGGUUAAAGCUGAAUAUUACAAACCAGGAAAUAAAAUGCCCACAAGUUUACCUGAUAAUUUCACACCUGACAUGGUACCUGAAAAUGCGAAAGAAACUUGCAGGAAUUGGUUUUACAAAAUAGCAUCGAUAAGGGAAUUAGUUCCACGUCUCUAUGUAGAAAUGGCAAUAAUAAAGUCUUACAGUUUUUUAACAGCAAGUGAAUUUAAUACAGCUUUGCUACGAAUAACGCGAAUGAUUAGAGGUAUUGGAAAUCCUCUCAUAGCUGUAUAUGCCAGAUGUUAUUUAUGCCGAGUGGGAUUAGCAUUAAAUAAGACAUCUGAUUUUGAAUUUGUAAGGGAGAACUUUUACGACUUUCUCUUUACGUAUCAACAGCUGUUUGGUCAAUUCGUGAAAAAUGAAUUAAUUGAACAAAAUAUGACCGUAUAUUCUUAUUUAAACCUUUAUUCGCCAGCUUUGGAUUGGAUUUUGCAAGUAUUGGUAGCUACAACUUGUGAGAAUCUUUUAGAAGAUGUACUCUUUCGGUGCAAAAACCAAGCAAAUAGUUCAUUAUUAUUGAAUAGUAUUUUAACAGCAUUUAAACCCUCGUACAUUGGAGAGCGUGCAAUGGAUUUUGUAAAUUUAAUAACUACGAUCGAAGAUGAUGGUUUUCCACAGUAUCUGUUAUACCGAAAUUUAGGUGAAAGUCUUGUGUUAGAAUCACCACCAAAAGAAGAUUGUCAAUCAAUUCUCAAUACGAUCUGGAAAUAUAUGACAGAGUUAACAAAUCCUACCAAAUUUAUGCACUGUAUUGAGAUUUGGAUUCAAUUCACUGCUAUUCACUUUUCUGUCAAUGAAUUGAAUUUAUUCUUUGGAAAAAUAAUCGAUCGACUUAAUCCAAACAAGAAUUUCGAACAGUAUUACCCACAGUUACAAAAUAUUAUUGAAAAAGUAGUAUCUCACACACAAGAUUUUGAAUCGUUACUUGCUAUGGAUAAUUUUUUACCUCUAAUAGAUUUGUUUCAUAAAGAAAGCAUUAAAGUUGAAGUGUGUAAGACUGUCAUAGAAGGUAUAAGCGUUCAAACCAGUCCAAUUACCGAUCCUAUUAUUAUAAAUGCUCUCAUGUUCAUUGCUAGAAUAAUGCACGAUUCUGUUAGUGCUCUGACUGUUGAAGAUGAAAAACGUCAAAUUGGUCAACUUAUAUGCGGUUUAGUUCAACGUGUUGAUUAUGGUCGUGAUUUUGAGAAACAACUUAAUUUUUAUGUUGAAGCUAGGGCAGCCUUUCCCAAUCUCGAUAGUGUUCAUAUACAACUUGUACAAUGUGUAAAUAGAUUAUCAGUCGAUACUCGAAAAAUUGUUCGUGGACAUCACACAAGAAGGACGUCGGCGUUUGUACGUGCUUGCGCUGCAUUUUGUUUUAUUACCAUUCCAUCGUUGACUUUAGUUUAUACACGGUUACAGUUAUACUUACUCUCAGGCCAAGUUGCCCUUUUAAAUCAGUGCUUGGGGCAAGCUGAUGCAUGUUUUAAGGCUGCCUUGAGUUUAGUUCCGGAAAUGCCCAAAACGAUAGAUAUAGAUGGAAGACAGAAAAGUUCACAACCUUAUUUACUUUCAUAUUUAUCGAACUUUUUGUCAACGUUGCUCAUUGUACCGGAUAGUCCGGAACAUGGAGUUUUAUAUUUAAUGCGAGGCUUACUUAACGCUGUUCAACGAUGUUUCGAAGAAAACACGUCGAUGAAAACGUAUUUAUAUUUGCGCGUGCUUGAUUUAUUGUCAGCAAUUGUCCAAGAAAAUUAUCCGUAUCACGUUGAGAAGGUUGAUUCUAAUGACAAAUUAUAUGGAUCUGAUCAAAAAUUUAUAAACGAAGUAAACAAAAUAAGUUCGAAAAUCGUAGAAGAAAUUUUAUCCCAUUUGAAAUAUCUUGGUUCUACCGAUCAAUUGGAAAAGCAAGUGGCGCUUGCAGCAGAACUUUUUAAUUGUUUCGUUAUUAGAGCAGAUUUACGCGAUCCACAAUUAGCACAUAUAGCUGUGAAUUUAUGGAAUUUAUCUGUACGACAUGGUUUCGUAGAUUCAAAAGUAAAGAUGAAAAUGAUAGCUUAUAUAGUACAAAAAAGUCACCACAAAGAAUAUGAACAUUUUGGGGACAUAUUGAAAAAGAUGUUGAAAUAAAUAUACUGGUGAACGUCAUAAGUAAUUCACGAAAGAUUGGAAUUAUAAGCAAAUUGAUGAAAUGCAUAGAUAAAUAUACGCCAAAAAAAUGGGUCAAA